GACUUCCGCUGACGGGUUGCUGUAGAAACCGGGCCUUGCACCGCGGGCCUCCUCGACCCUCACGCUUUCCUGUCCGGGUUGCCCAGGGAGGGGUCUAAACUCACCGCAGCAAUCGAACUUUGGGCCUAGGAAGGCUUCAACCCCAGGCCCCGGGACCCGGGACCACUCUGCCGUGGGUCAGCGUGCAUUGGAGUGUAGAAGAAUCUGGUGGAGUUGGACUAAGCACAGAAUAAGCAAUGGGUGAACGGAAGGGUGUGAAUAAAUAUUACCCACCCGACUUUGAUCCUGCCAAGCAUGGCUCCCUCAACAAAUACAAGAACAGUCAUCCUCUCCGGGAAAGGGCCCGGAAACUAUCCCAAGGCAUCCUCAUCAUCCGGUUUGAGAUGCCAUACAACAUCUGGUGUGAUGGUUGUGGAAAGCACAUCGGAAUGGGUGUUCGGUACAAUGCAGAGAAGAAGAAAGUUGGGAACUACUACACGACCCCCAUUUACAGAUUUCGGAUGAAGUGCCACUUGUGUGUCAACUAUAUUGAGAUGCAGACAGACCCAGCAAACUGUGACUAUGUGAUUGUGAGCGGAGCCCGACGGAAGGAGGAACGCUGGGACAUGAAGGACAACGAACAGAUUCUCACAACUGACCAUGAACAGAAGAAGAAGUUGGAAACGGAUCCCAUGUACAAGCUAGAACAUGGAGUGGGGGACCAGGAGAAGCUGAAGAUCGCUGUUCCCACCUUGUCCAAUAUCCAGGAUAUGCAGAGUGCAUGGAAGGAUGACUUUGCCAUUAACAGCAUGCUGCGCAAGAAAUUCCGGGAUGAGAAGAAAGUAUUGAAAGAGACGGAAGAGAAAGAUGAAGCUCUUCGGAACAAAGCAAAUCUCAGCAUCCCACUGCUCGAGGAGUCUGACGAAGAUAAACGCCUGGCUUCCCUUCUUAAAUUACGUGUUCUAGACUCCUAUGAAGACAAGCAGAGAAUGAAGCGGAAAGAGAUCACUUCGAGGUCCUGGUUUGCUGCCCCUCAAGUCACAGCAGGAGAGAAAACUGCAGAUGUGUUGAAGAAACUGGGACUGAACAAAAUAUCGACAGCCAAAUCUUUAAAUAGCCCAAAUGGAAUUGCCGUGAGUGACCUGGGAAUAAUCCGAAAGAAAUCAGCGGAGCAUCCAGUGAGCCAGAAGGAACGGGCAGACAUGUCCAGCAGAGAUUCACAGCCCAUGAUGGAAACAGAGAGCGGAAUGGAUCGAGAGAGUUUUGUUUCAAACUGUUUGAGUCAAGCGAGAGGCACCUGCUAUAAGGGGGAGGCUGAUUCUCCCCCACGGACUGAAGCUAUGACAGAUGCAGAGCGAGAUGUCAGUGCCAACUCACUUGUGGCUGAUUACUCUGAUUCCAAUUCUGAUGCAGACAGUUCCUGAGCUAUGCAUGAUUGUAAAUAAUUGUUUGAUACUCCCGACUUGUAAUGUACUCCUGUGAAAUAAAUAAAUUAAUAAGUGCGCUGAAACUAA